CCGCGUAACAAACAUUUACAUUGGAUGUCCAGUCUAUUAUGUUUCACGUUGGUGCUCUAACGUAGUACCAAACUCUAUUUGGACAGAACCACAGACAACCUACCUCUUGUACAUCUUGCACACACUUAUGAGUCUACAUAUCUCAUUUGUGAUAGAACGGUACCAGCUUAAAUCGCAGACUUAAGUCUGACAUUUAUAGACUGAACAUUCCAAUCUAUGAAACAUCUGUUAGAAUUUUAAGUCUGUGUCGGAAAUAUUGGGAAUACAGUUUCCUUUUAUUAUUGAUGUACAAUUAUGGCUCGAGCAUUAAUUAAUUCAUCAAAUAGCCGUAAGUUCUACAGAGGUUGCAAUGGAUUUUUCAAAGGAGAUACUCACAAGAAAAAUUUCCAAAAAUUACUUCACAUUAUACAAUUGUUCCCAGAGAAACCGACCCAAGAUGGAAUGAUGUAAAUAUGGAGAGGUAUGUAGAUGAAACUGACAUAUUAAUUGUUGGUGGUGGACCUGCUGGAUUAUCUGCUGCUAUUCAAGCUCGUAGACUAGCUGAAAAACAUGGAAAAGAACUCAGAGUGACCGUUGUUGAGAAGGCUUCCACUAUUGGAGGUCAUAUUCUCAGUGGAGCUUGUUUGGAUCCGAUUGCUUUAAAUGAACUUUUCCCAAAUUGGAAAGAAUUGGGAGCACCUUUGAAUGCACCUGUUACACAUGACAAAUUUGCACUUCUUACAGAAAAAAGCAGAAUAUCUAUACCAAUUUUAAGAGGAAUGCCAAUGUAUAAUCAUGGAAACUAUGUUGUUAGAUUAGGCCAUGUUGUAGCUUGGCUUGGAGAACAAGCUGAAGCUGCAGGUGUAGAAUUAUAUCCUGGAUAUGCUGCAGCAGAGGUGCUUUAUCACGAAGAUGGAUCUGUUAAAGGAAUAGCUACAAAUGAUGUUGGUAUUGCUAAAGAUGGUUCUCCAAAGGAUAAUUUUGAACGAGGAAUGGAACUACAUGCAAAGUGUACAAUUUUUGCAGAGGGUUGUCAUGGGCAUCUUACAAAGCAAGUUUCAAAGAAAUUAAAUCUGAGAAAGGACUGUGAGCCUCAAACUUAUGGUAUAGGGCUGAAAGAGGUUUGGGAAAUUGAUCCAAAACAUCAUAAACCCGGUACUGUUGAACAUACAGUUGGUUGGCCACUGAAGAAGAACACUUACGGUGGUUCGUUCUUAUAUCAUCUUAAUGAAGAUGCACCUCUUAUUGCUAUAGGCUUUGUUGUUGGAUUAGAUUAUUCGAAUCCUUAUUUACAUCCAUUCAAAGAAUUUCAAAGAUUUAAGCAUCAUCCAAGUAUUGAAGCCAUACUUGAUGGAGGGAAAAGAAUAGCGUAUGGUGCAAGAGCCUUAGUUGAAGGAGGCUUUCAGUCUAUACCUAAACUUCAGUUCCCUGGUGGGUGUCUAGUUGGUUGCACAGCAGGAUUCCUUAACGUUCCGAAAGUUAAAGGAACACAUAAUGCUAUGAAAAGUGGUAUGCUUGCAGCAGAGAGUGUUAUAGAAGCUAUUAUUGAUGAGGAAAACAAUUCUUCAUCAACCAAAGGUUUAGAACCAAAAACUUAUACGGACAAACUAAAAAAUAGUUGGGUUUAUAAAGAAUUAAAAGCUGUCAGGAAUGUAAGGCCAAGUUUUCAUACAAGUCUUGGACUCUAUGGAGGUAUAAUAUACUCUGGAUUUACUAUGUUGACUGGUGGAAGAGAGCCUUGGACUCUAUCUCACGGAGGUUCAGAUUACAAAAAGUUGAAACCGGCAUCUGAAUGUACACCAAUAGAAUAUCCAAAACCAGAUAAUAAAAUAUCUUUCGAUUUAUUAUCUUCAGUAGCACUUACAGGUACGAAUCAUGAAGCUGAUCAGCCUCCUCAUCUUACUUUACUGGAUGACACUAUACCAGUAAAAAGAAAUUUAGAAGUUUAUGCUGGACCAGAAAGUCGAUUUUGCCCUGCUGGUGUUUAUGAAUUCGUGCCACUUGAAUCCGGAGAAGGAGAAAGAUUGCAAAUAAAUGCUCAAAAUUGUAUCCAUUGUAAAACAUGUGAUAUCAAAGAUCCUAGUCAAAAUGUUAAUUGGGUUGUACCGGAAGGCGGUGGUGGUCCAGCUUACAAUGGGAUGUAAAUUACAAUUGGAAAUUGUUGAAUGUUUUAAAAAGUUAUACACUUAGAUUAUAUUUUUUUACAUUUGUUCAAAGUCUAUAUAAACGAUUAUAAAUCCAGUCGUCAAUUAUUAAAUAUAAGAAAGUCUACAAAUUUUCGAGCAUACAAAAAGUUUGUUAGUACAAAUCAUUGAAUAGUAUCUUACUUUGUAAGUAUUGGGUGAAGGUAUGAUUUGUACAAUAAAAUAUCGUUUUAUAUACGUAUGUAUAUAAAUCUUAAAUUUCUAUAUACCCACAAAUGUGAUAGAAAUAAAUUUUUAUAAUUAUCAUUUGAAACAAAAAGAAAUAUGAAAAGGAAGUAAAAUUAAUAGUUUAAUGUUAUUGCUAAAUUUCUUAUUUGUUUCAAAGGAACGAAAUGGUCGACAUUUAUUGCGAAGUAGACACUGCCAAUUUAUAAUUUUUUUUAUAAGGUAUUCACUCUUAAUACUCUGCUUUGUCGUCGUUUAUAACGUGUGAUUGCUAUUCAGCUCAUCUUAUGGAGAAAGCCAAUGGCGAAUUCCUCGCGUGCAUUCAGAAAACAGAAGCAACUCGGCAACUAAUAAAAGUGGUCGUGGAACAAAAAUCCAGACAUUUAUGUUUUGUUUUAUCUAGUGAAUCUGAUAUAUUCGACCAAUUACAUAUUUAUGUAACAUAAUUCAAAAUAUACACGUAUGUGUUCUUUUCCAAACAAUGUAUGUCUUUCAUAUAUUUAAACAAAUUUUAUACGUAUUUUUUAUUGUUAUACACGCAAUUCAAACUGUAUUCUGAUUU